GACUGGAUCCGAGAAGUGGCUCUGCUUUCGCACAUCGAGGCCCUGGUCGCGACGAACUUUGGCAGAAUUUAUCGACUGCUGCUUCACGUCGAGGACGAUGAGAAGGUGACAGGCACUUUGCUCUUUGAGGAGCCUGGCCUAUGUUUUACUUGCAUGGGGUUGGGUGCUUCCACGCACGUUUGGGCUGGUUGCGCAGACGGUCGCGCACUGACACUUGGUGUACACGACAGUCGCAGACGGUGGAUAGAAGCUUUUCGGCAGUGCCGGGUUAGUGCGGCCUUCGCGGCGCAGGCUGGGCACGGGCUGUUGGCGGAUCAC